AUGUCAGUCUGCAAGAUUUGCAACGAGCCGCUCGUUCUCAGGCUGGAUGACGAUGCGGACUAUGACGACACUGAAACCGCAGAGACUGUUCCCGAUGAUUUGGAGCUCGGCUGCGGAUGCCACUUCCACUGCUGUGACAGAUAUCUGCCGAGAAACGAGGCCGGCGCCUCUUCAACGAAUCAGUUCCGCGAGGCUUCGUCUGCCGUUAUCCUGGCCCAGUACAGCAAUGAGGGCGGCGUCCAAAAGGACCUUGACAUCAUGGGUUCAAUCACCGAAGAAGCCUAUAUUCAGGCUCAUCCGGAGGCGCGCCCUGCGAGGGCAUUCCAUGUCAUGUGCUCUGAGGGGGACAUUGCCGGCGUCAUCGACUUAUUGAGAGACGCGAGUGACCAAGGCGCGGAUGUUGGAAGCAUCAUUCGCUAUCAGGAUCCUUUGGCAGGAAUGAAGAGCGGACUCCAUUUGGCUGUUGAGAAUAAGCAGGACGAGAUUGUGUGGACGUUAUUGUGGCUGUCGUCUACGCUUUCUUCGGAUGCUUUCCCUCCCCUGGUCCGGCAGAUGGCUGAGGGUGUCGGACUGGGACGCAUCAAUGUGGAUGCCGAUGGGGAUGUACGCUGCCUGAGGGAUUCCCAGGGCCGGGUGGUGGAGACUAUUGCCCAGCAGAAUCCGGAGGCGUGGUCGGCGUUGCUUGAUAUAGGUGUUUUGAGUCCUUGA